GGGAGGCACUCAGGCUUUUUUGCCAAAAAGAGCGCCUGCGAGAACCAACCAAAGCGUCACUGUUUGCCCGCGUUCAGCCCUUCAAGGUCCAGACUUUAGAUGCUGACGGUCUGGAUAAGCUUAACCGCGCAGCACAAGCACCGCGUGGCGGACCGAAAACUCGUCCAACACUCUCGUCCAACACCCUCACAACGUGACUUUCCCUCCGACGGCCUUCAAAAAGCCGAGCCAGCUUUCAAACACUAGCAAGCCGCUUGUGCGCUGAGGACAAAACGCGAUGCCGCCACGCACGCCUGGGACUAAACGGCGGCUCGAACCGCAGCCAACCGUUGUUGCGAGGCGGGAACGCGCAUAUCCGCCACCACACGCCAGAGCCCUGCGGCUUCCCACCAGCCUGUUGACGGCUCUGUCGCCGGCUGGCCUCUUCCUCUUAUUCUCGUUUGCGGCCGCUCCGCACAACGCACGGGUCCUCUCCCAAUUCCGCGGGACUAAACCCUUCGCCCGCAGCCCAACCCUCCGCCGUUUGCCGGGGGCGCCCCCGGUGGCGUUGAAGUACCGAACAAGCCAUGCCCAUUCGGUUCCUCCGCCGGCCGUAUGUGGAGCAUGCCGGCCAUCCACUGACAUCUUGCGCUCAGACGAAGGGCGUAGGUUCUUCCAAGCUCGGCCACCAGGCCGCGGAGCGGACUUUGGUCAGAGGUUCGAUCGGGGAAUCAAGGUGUGCUUACGUCGGCGGGGAACAUCUUCCCGUGUCCCGUCGCGCUAUCGGUUGGAAGCCCACAACGACGCCGGCUCGCUUCCCGUAGUACUCUAUCCCCACGCCUUGUUUACUCUGUUUGGCCCGGACCUGCAAGCAGUCGCAACCCGAGGACGUCCCAAAGCCUGCUGGGCAACUCUGCCCCGAAAAUGGACGGUCUACACCGACAUGUCGACGUGUCGCUUCAGCACAUCGCUUCGGGGUAUGUCGUGAGCCCUUGCCGGCAAACACGACCUUCUGCAACACCCUAACCUGUACAUCUCAUUCGUUCGUUGGCUGGGUCAACCCCGAUUCUCUGCUCCUCCCGGUUGGCGGGCAUCUCCACGGCUCGGCGACCAUGCCAAGUUUUCGUUUGGUUCAUGACGGGACGGCCUUUGUAUCAGGACGCUCGACUGAGGACUAAAUUCGGCCCAAGGGCUCCAUCCCGGGCUUCACCGUCAGGGUGGCCACGGGUCAUGGACC